UAUGGCCAGACCAGGAAAGAACCGCCCAAGCUGGGCGGAACCGGUUCGCGCCCCCUCCACCACUGGGGCAAGCGACGUCUCCGGGAGAUGAUGGCCCAAGAAGGAUCGAGGGGCAAGUGGGUACCCCCCUCCAAAACACACAUACACAACGGGCCCUGCCACCUCCCCAGGUCUGAUGGUGGAGAAGCCAGGAACCUUCGCCCUGGCUGCCCCAGGGGAGGAUGAGAAAUUCCGCAGCCCUCAGCUGAGAUUGGCAACCAAGGCUUUAUCCCCUGGUAGGCUUUGCAGGAAACUUGCCAGGGGCAGCUGAGGCCGGGUUCCGGGUGGUCCACCAGCCAAUUACCUGGCCCUUGCCUGCCCCCCUUUCUUCCCGGUGGCCACCAUCGGAUCGCAGGAGCUGCCGUGGCCUGACUCAGCCAAUAUGGAGGGGGGUGCUGGGACUGUCCCCUGUGAACACUUUGAGGCCAACGCGCUUGCCCAGGGUUGCUGUCAAAACUGCUUUCACCCCGAGGAGGCCCACAGAGCGAGGAGCCAGGAGCGGGGGAGCCCUCCAGGUGCUGAGGUGCCUUACUGCGACCUGCCUCGCCGCCUGCCUGUCUCUGAGGGUCCUCUCGGUUCCUCGACCUCCGGCUGCCAGUCCGUGGUGGGCCUGGGCCUUGGGCCAGGGCCAGAGAGGGGCCCGUCAGCAGGGUCCUCUGCAGAGGGCCCCACAGCCGCCCCCAGGAGCCAGGGCCAAGAGGCAGUGCCCUACCUGGAGGGUCUGGCCUCCUCCCUGAGCGGCAGCUUCGACGAAGGCCCCGACUCCGGCACCAGCUCCAGCCCUGAGUGCAACACCCCUGAUGAUCCCAGCGACUCGUCCUCCGUGGACUGGGACACUGUUGGAAGGCAGGAAGAGGCUCCCAGCUGGGACGAGCUCACCGUGAUGAUCCCAAGGAAGCCCCAGGAGGGGCCCAGAGCUGACAGUGCCCGAAGGGUUCCAUGUCCCGUCACCCGGGCCCCUGCGGGAGGAGAUACCGCAGGCCAGAGAAAGGAAGACACUUGCAGCGGGAGCCUAAGUGCUGGUCAGCACUGGGCCAAGCUCCGGGGAGAAAGUGGAUACUUCUUGGAGCAGCACCGCUCAGCGCUGACCCAGGCUUCCUGUGCAACGCCACAGAGCGGACCUCGAAGUGCCACCCCCCAGGCUUCCUCUCUCCAUCGUUCUACCCAAAGGGACGUUAUCCAGACUGCUUCCACGCAGCUCGCUAACCCCCGAGCCUCCUCUCCCCAACAAAUCACCCAACGGGACAACCCCAGGACCUCUUUCACACAGCAAAACACUCCCAGCGCAUCCUCUCCUUCAAGACUUGUCCAACGGGAUAACCCCAGAGCCUCCUCUCCCAACAGAACCACUCAACGGGACAACCCCAGGACAUCCUGUGCCCAACUGGACAACGCCAGAGUGUCCUCUCCCAACAGAACCACUCCAAGGGACAACCCCAGGACAUCCUGUGCCCAACGGGACAAUCCCAGAGCCUCCUCUCCCAACAGAACCACCCAACGGGACAACCCCAGGACAUCAUGUGCCCAACGGGACAACCCCAGAGCCUCCUCUCCCAACAGAACCACCCAACGGGACAACCCCAGGACAUCCUGUGCCCAACGGGACAAUCCCAGAGCCUCCUCUCCCAACAGAACCACUCAACGGGACAACCCCAGGACAUCCUGUGCCCAACGGGACAACCCCAGAGCCUCCUCUCCCAACAGAACCACUCAACGGGACAACCCCAGGACAUCAUGUGCCCAACGGGACAAUCCCAGAGCCUCCUCUCCCAACAGAACCACCCAACGGGACAACCCCAGGACAUCCUGUGCCCAACGGGACAAUCCCAGAGCCUCCUCUCCCAACAGAACCACUCAACGGGACAACCCCAGGACAUCCUGUGCCCAACGGGACAACCCCAGAGCCUCCUCUCCCAACAGAACCACUCAACGGGACAACCCCAGGACAUCAUGUGCCCAACGGGACAAUCCCAGAGCCUCCUCUCCCAACAGAACCACCCAACGGGACAACCCCAGGACAUCCUGUGCCCAACGGGACAACCCCAGAGCCUCCUCUCCCAACAGAACCACCCAACGGGACAACCCCAGGACAUCCUGUGCCCAACGGGACAACCCCAGAGCCUCCUCUCCCAACAGAACCACCCAACGGGACAACCCCAGAGCCUCCUCUCCCAACAGAACCACCCAACGGGACAACCCCAGAGCCUCCUCUCCCAACAGAACCACUCCACGGGACAAUCCCAGGACCUCUUCUACCCAAAAGGACAACCUUAAAACCUCUUGUACCCAAUGGAACAACCCCAGAACCUCUUCUACUCAACGAGACUACCCGCAAUCUUCCUCUCGGCGGGACAACCCUGGAACUUCCUCCCCUCGAUGCUCCACUCAACGGAACAAUCCCCGGAAUGCUUCUCCCCAUCGUACUAACAAAGAUAUCCCCUGGGCCUCCUUUCCCCUCCGCCCAACCCAGAGUGAAGGCCCCCGAACCUCCUCCCCAUCUCGCUCCAAGCAAAGUGAGGUCCCCUGGGCAUCCAUUGCCCUUCGGCCAACCCAAGGUGACAGGCCUCAGACCUCAUCUCCCAGUAGGCCAGCUCAGCGUGACCCACCCUUGUCCUCCUCUGGAUCUACUCAGUAUAGCCCACCACCCCGGGCCACUUCCUCUUCCCAUAACCUGGGCCACCACAGUGCCUCCCGGACUUCUUCACCUCUGUACCCUGCUACCCGCGGGGCACCCCAGACCUCUUCUGAGCCCUCCCAGCCUCCAUGUUCUGUGUGUAUUGGGCAUCGGGAUGCUCCUCGAGCUUCUUCCCCUCCUCGCUAUUUGCAACAUGACCCCUUCCCUUUCUUCCCAGACCCCCACGCAUCUGAGAGUGAAUCGCCCCACCACAACCCCCCCUAUAUACCUCCAGCUGUGUGCAUCGGACACCGGGAUGCCCCCCGGGCCUCCUCACCCCCCCGCCACGCCCAGUUUGAUCCCUUUCCCUUCCUCCCAGACACAUCAGAUGCUGAGACUCAGUCCCCCCAGCACGAUCCUCCUCAGUUCCCCCCACCUGUAUGUAUCGGGUACCGUGAUGCACCCCGGGCCUCCUCCCCGCCUCGCCAGGCCCCAGAGCCCUCCCUCCUGUUCCAGGAUCUCCCCAGGGCCAGCACCGAGAGCCUUGUCCCCUCCACAGACUCUCUGCACGAGCCUCCUCACAUCCCCACCCCCGUGUGCAUUGGGCACCGGGAUGCCCCCUCCUUCUCAUCCCCACCACGCCAGGCCCCUGAGCCCUCCCUUUUCUUCCAGGAUCCCCCAGGGACUAGUAUGGAGAGCCUGGCCCCCUCCACCGACUCUCUGCAUGGCUCCCCAGUGCUGCCCCCCCAAGUGUGCAUCGGACACCGGGAUGCACCUCGAGCCUCCUCCCCGCCCCGCCACCCCCCCAGUGACCUAGCGCUCCUGGCAUCCUCACCUCCGCCGGGCAGCUCCGGGGGCUCCCGGGGCUCGGCGCCCCCUGGGGAGACCAGGCACAACUUGGAGAGGGAGGAGUACAGCAUGCUGGCCGACCUGCCCCCGCCCAGGAGGCUGGCGCAGAGGGAGCCAGGCCCCCAGUGCGGCAACGGGGGCCGUACCCGCAGCCCUGGCCGUGCAGAGGUGGAGCGCCUCUUCGGGCAAGAGCGCAGGAAGUCCGAGGCGCCGGGGGCCUUCCAGGCCCGGGACGAGGGGCGGUCGCAGCGGCCCAGCCAAGGUCAGAGCCAGCUUCUCCGAAGACAGUCCAGCCCUGCCCUCAGCAGGGAGGUAGCCAAGCCCCUUGCGAAGCAGGCAGAACCGGCCCGGCGGAGCCAAGCGGAGCCCCCUCAUCCCAGGAGCCCCGAGAGGCGGCCUGAAGGGGACCGGAGGCUCCAGGGGUCCUCGCUGCCCCCGAGGACAUCAGCCCGGACCCCUGAGAGGGAGCGGCGGCCAGAAAGAUCUCUGGAAAGUGGCCGGGCAGGCCCAAGACAGCCUCCGGGGGGCCGGCAGAGUCAGGAGGAGUCUCCAGGUGCCCAGGGCCCUCACAGAUACCUGGAGAGAGGCUGGGGCAGCCUGCCAGAGCUGUGUCCUCACCAGCCUACGAGCCCCCCGGAGAGCUCCAGGGUAGGCCCCGAGACCCCCACCACCACGGGCCGGGGUGCUGAGGGAACAUGCCCACACCGGCAUAGCCCUGAGAGGCGACCCGAGCUUGACUGGAGGGACCUCGUGGGCCUCCUCGGGGCACUCCGAGAGGGGGCCUGGGCCUGCAUGGAGGCGUCGACGCUCGCCUCCCGUCUUCCCAGGCUAGACUGGGAAGGCCUCCUGGAGCUCCUGCAGGCCCGGCUGCCCCGCCAGGACCCAGCUGGACACGGGGGUACCCUGGCCACGGCUUCGGGGCCAGAGGUGGGUUCCCCCGCCACAAACGGUACCCUGGAGCGAGAGCGACAGGGCCAGCCUGACGGCUGGGUGGAGGCCACCCUAGUCAACGGACAGAAAGCUGGGCCGUGGCCCCAGAGCUCUGCCCAGCCACCCAGCCCUGACUACGUCUCCACCCAGUGGCCAAAGACCAAAGUGACACGUGGACCGGAGACCUCGACUAUGGCUAGUCUGGAGGAGAUGGGCCAGCCGGGGAGCAGGAGCCCUGCAGAGGGUCCCAGCUUGCCAGAGUGGGAGCCCCUGGCCAGACACACGGGAGGAGCUCAGCCCCAAUGGAUGAGUGAUCGGUGCCUGCAAGACACAAAUGGAGGAUGGUUCCAAUCAGAGGAGCCUGAGGAAUCAGAACCAAGCAAAGGCCAAGACUCACUGACCGACCAGAAGCAGGCAGAUUCGGCAGACAAGAGGCCAGCGGAGGGCAAGGCUGGGAGCCCACUCAAGGGCCGACUGGUGACCUCAUGGCGGAUGCCCGGGGACGUUCCCACGCUGUUCAAUCCGUUCCUGCUGUCUCUGGGGGUCCUCAGGUGGCAAAGGCCCGAUCUGCUCAACUUCAAGAAGGGAUGGAUGUCGAUCUUGGACGAGCCUGGGGAGUGGAAGAAGCAUUGGUUUGUGCUGACAGAUUCAAGCCUUAAGUACUACAGGGACUCCACCGCAGAGGAGGCAGACGAGCUGGAUGGCGAGAUCGACCUGCGCUCCUGCACAGAUGUCACCGAGUACGCGGUGCAGCGCAACUAUGGCUUCCAGAUCCACACCAAGGAUGCUGUCUACACCUUGUCGGCCAUGACCUCGGGUAUCCGGCGAAACUGGAUCGAGGCUCUGAGGAAGACCGUGCGGCCAACCUCUGCCCCGGAUGUCACCAAGCUCUCGGACUACAAUAAGGAGAACACGCCGCACAGCACCCAGAAGGGCUCCCUGAAGGCGGGGGAGCAGCGGGUGGGCUCUGAGGUCAUCGGUCGGGGCGGCCCGCGGAAGGCGGACGGGCAGCGGCAGUCCCUGGACUACGUGGAGCUCGCCCCGCUGACUCAGGGCUCCCCGCAGCGGGCCCGCACCCCGGCCCGCGCUCUCGACCGCCCGGCCAAGCAGGAGGAGCUGGAGCGGGACCUGGCGCAGCGCUCCGAGGAGCGUCGCAAGUGGUUUGAGGCCACGGACGGCAGGCCCGUGGAGACGCCGACCGGCGAGGCGCCGCGCCGGGGCCUGGGGGCCCCCCUGACCGAGGACCAGCAGAGCCGCCUCAGUGAGGAGAUUGAGAAGAAGUGGCAGGAGCUGGAGAGGCUGCCCCUGCGGGAGGACAAGCGGGUGCCUCUCACCGCCCUGCUCAACCAAAGCCGCGGGGAGCGCCGCGGGCCCCCGCGUGACAGCCGCGAGGCGCUGGAGAAGGAGGUCCAGUCUCUGCGCGCCCAGCUGGAGGCAUGGCGCCUUCAAGGAGAGGCCCCUCAGAGUGCACCCAGGCCCCAGGAGGACAGCCAUAUCCCCCCGGGCUACAUCUCGCAGGAGGCGUGCGAGCGCAGCCUGGCCGAGAUGGAGUCCUCGCACCAGCAGGUGAUGGAGGAGCUGCAGCGGCACCACGAGCGGGAGCUGCAGCGGCUGCAGCAGGAGAAGGAGUGGCUCCUGGCCGAGGAGACGGCGGCCACGGCCUCGGCCAUCGAAGCCAUGAAGAAGGCCUACCAGGAGGAGCUGAGCCGGGAACUGAGCAAGACACGGAGUCUCCAACAGGGUCCAGAUGGCCUUCGCAAGCAGCACCAGUCGGACGUGGCGGCGCUGAAGCGGGAGCUGCAGGUGCUGUCGGAGCAGUACUCGCAGAAGUGCCUGGAGAUCGGGGCCCUGACGCGGCAGGCCGAGGAGCGUGAGCACACGCUACGGCGCUGCCAGCAGGAGGGCCAGGAGCUGCUGCGCCACAACCAGGAGCUGCACGCCCGCCUGUCAGAGGAGAUCGACCGGCUGCGCGGCUUCAUCGCCUCGCAGGGCACCAGCGACGGCUGUGGACGCAGCAGCGAGCGGAGCUCCUGUGAGCUGGAGGUGCUGCUGCGGGUGAAGGAGAACGAGCUCCAGUACCUGAAGAAGGAGGUGCAGUGCCUCCGGGAUGAGCUACAGAUGCUGCAGAAGGACAAGGAGCGCUUCACUUCGGGAAAGUACCAGGAUGUGUACGUAGAGCUGAACCACAUCAAGACACGGUCAGAGCGGGAGAUCGAGCAGCUGAAGGAGCACCUGCGCCUCGCCAUGGCUGCGCUGCGGGAGAAGGAGUCGAUGCGCAACAGCCUGGCCGAGUGAAGGUCCUGGUGGCCCAGCCCCGCAGCAGACGCCCCCAGACUGAGGGGACCAGUCAGUCGCCCUCCUUCCUGCUGGAUGGAAGUCAAAAGCCAAGCUUUCUCCCCGCCCGCUGUGGGCCGCACGUGCACUCGUCCCCACCACACACGCACACAGGUGCACACACGCGCGCGCACACACACACACACACACACACACACACACACACACUCUGCGUAUCUGAGCGCGCCCCUCGCACUGGGUCUUACAUUUUGCACCUUCUUCAGGAUUUUAUAUGUGAAGAGAUUUUUAUAUAGAUUUUUUUUCCUUCCCCCCCCCCCCAACACUUUAUACUUUGAAAAAACCAAUUCCCGGACGCUGGCUCCCCCUCUGUCUCCAGCCACGGGGGGCUCAGGCUUCUGGGCCCGUGGCCCUGCCCCAGGGGGGGGGGGGGUCCAGCAGGGGCGCAGCAGCGGCCACGGCAGCGUUGACUCUGAUGGGAGAGGCAGGGAGCCAGCCAGCCACCCUCUUCCUACCCUACCUCCCACUAACUACUUCCUGCCCCGAGGGGACCCACACCUUGGGACUCUGGACGGAGGGACAGAUGGGCAGAGGGAGCCGGCAGCUCCCUAAGGCUUCACCUCCUCCUCCGAGGGGGUGCUGGGCACGGAACCACUGGAGCCGCCCCAUGAAGGCGUUUCUCUUCUGCUCCAUGAGCCUUCUUAACUUAAUAAAAUAUUCCCGUGGC